GCUGUAGCUACAAGUCAUGGACAGACUGUGUGUCUCUAAAAGGGAUUUUAAAGCGUAACGACCAAACCAGCAUCUAACAGGUCUUCAGUUCACACCGAACAAUGGACACCGACACGGGGACGAUGGAGGUGGCGGCGCUCGGCCGGCCUUUCAGCCUCGGGAUGCUGUACGACUGCCGCAAAGACUCACUCAUCCCUGGCAUGACAUUGUGGGACCUUAAUGAUCUGAAAAAUGAUAUACAAGAAAGACCACAGCACUGCAACGAUUUUCAGAUAGUUGCAUCUGAAUCAAUUGCAGAUAAAUCUUCAGCAUUAAAUGUAGAAGCAUCGCUGAAGGCAAGUUUCCUUGGUGGACUAGUAGAGGUUGGAGGAUCUGCCAAAUACCUGAAAGAUAGUAAAACAUCCAAACAUCAGGCCAGAGUAACACUGAAGUACCAUGCAACCACAAAGAUGAAGCAACUGUCAAUGAAUCAUCUUGGAAGAGACAAUGUAAAGCAUCCGGAUGUCUUUGAUAAAGCAAUAGCAACACAUGUAGUCACAGGUAUCCUUUAUGGGGCACAAGCCUUCUUUGUCUUUGACUGUGAGGUGUCUGAUGAAGAAAGUCAUCAAGACAUUCAGGGCAACAUGAAGGUGAUGAUCAAGAAAAUCCCCACCAUCACAGUAGGGGGGGAAGGUUCUGUCCAAAUGGAAACCAAGGACAUUGAAAAGGUGGAGAAGUUCUCCUGCAAAUUCCAUGGAGACUUUUUACUGAAGAAAACUCCAACAUCCUUUCAGGAUGCUAUACAAGUCUACCAAAGCCUACCACGAUUACUGGGAACCAAUGGAGAAAAUGCUGUACCAAUGAAGGUCUGGCUGAUGCCACUUGUGAGUUUAGAUCCAUCUGCUGCUAAACUCGUCCGUCAGAUAAGUAUAAGUUUAGUGCAGAAAUCCCAGAGUGUCCUGGAGGACUUCACUGAGCUGGACAUGAGGUGCAAUGAUGCAAUGAGAACCACCACUGCACAGCAGUUCCCACAGAUUGAUAAAAAACUUAAAACAUUUGCAGAAUUUUGCUCCGAGUACAAACUGGAAUUCCAACAAAAUCUGGCAAAGAAACUUCCAUCAAUCAGGGGAGGAGGGGAAGAGGAGGCUGUGCUUGCAGAGAUUCUGAAGAAGAGACAUUCUUCUCCUUUCAACAACACAAGCCUGAACGAGUGGAUGGACUGUAAAGAGAGAGAAAUAAGCAGGUUAAAAAUUUUCACCAACAUGAUGAAAAACACCAAGAUUGUCCCAUCUGAAAAUGUGCUUGAUGAAGAAAUUCUCUGUGCAGAACAUGCUGUGUGUUUUGUUUUCACCUCACUGGGAAGUGCUGAACCGUAUCUCUCAGCUUUAUCAAACUACUUGGAAGAAACACCCAAACCAGACGACCCUCAAGAUCCACAGACUUACAAUGUAGAGAAGGAACAAUGGUACGCCUCAAAAGAAGUAUCUUAUGCAAUGAAGAACAAAGUAAAUCUAUUCAGUGAUUUUGCAGAGGCCAACAAGGAGAAGAAGAACAUUAAGUUCCUGACAGUAGGUUUAACAAAUGAGACACAGAAAGGUUCAAGCAUCUAUGUUUAUGAAAACGGUUUUUCUGUCAGUGAGAACUUUGAGCCGCCUUCAAAGCCUGAAACAGUGACAGCAGGUGAUGUAACCCACAACAGCGUUACACUGAAGAUUUGUCCACCAAGAUUUGGAGCAGCGAACAUCAGCUCCUACUCUGUAGAGUACUGUGUCAGUGGAGAGGAUGGAUGGCAACAAAAACCAGCACCAAAGGAUGAAGAAGUGACAGUGAGCGAUCUGACUCCUAACACAGAGUACAUGUUCAGAUGCAGAGCAGUGACCUCAGUAGGUGUUGGGCCAGCCGAUGAAGUCAGCGGUCUCAUUAAAACCUUACCUUGCAGCCCUCCUGGAAAACCUCAAGAUGAAACAACCUCAGGUGGAGAGAGCAGCGUUGAUACCACAGAAGACCAGCAGCCCACUACUACAGAGCAACCUGCAGGUGGAGAGAGCAGCGUUGAUGCCACAGUAGUACAACAGCCCACUACUACAGAGCAACCUGCAGUCUACAACAAUAAUGAGCUGGUCAGGAUUGUGAUGGUGGGGAAGACUGGAGUUGGCAAAAGUGCCACAGGAAACACCAUUCUGGAACGAAAGUGUUUUAAAUCAGAAUUCAGCUUCAAAUCUUCGACUAAAGUCUGUCAAAAGGUUGUUGGCGAGGUUGAUGGACAAAAGGUUGCUAUUAUCGACACUCCAGGCCUGUUUGACACCAAGGACACUGAAGAGAAAACAUUAAAAGAUAUUGUCCGGUGCAUUUCCCUUGCUUCUCCUGGACCUCAUAUCUUCCUGGUUGUCAUCAGACUGGGCAGAUUCACAGAGGAAGAAAGGAAGACGGUGCAGAAGAUUCAGGAAAUCUUUGGUGAGGAAGCUGACAAAUACAGCAUGGUUCUCUUUACCCAUGGUGACCAGCUCGAAGGGAAACCUGUUGAGGAGUUGUUGAAGGACGACAAAGACCUGCAGGACUUUGUGUCCAGAUGUAACGGCCAGUACCACGUGUUCAAUAAUAAACUGGAGGAUCGUUCUCAGGUCAGUGAGCUGCUCGAGAAGAUAAGAAUUAUAAAUGUGCAGAAUGGAGGAAGCUACUACACCACUGAAAUGUUCCAAAAGGCAGAGAAAGUGAUAGAAGAGGAGAAACAACGAAUCCUGGAAGAGAACGAAGAGCAAAUACGCAAAGAGCAGGAGAAACUGAGGAAGGAAAUAGAGAAAAAGUAUGAACAACAGCUGAGAGAAGUGAAGGGUGACAUGAAGAUGGAGGCUAAAUUAAAGGAAGAAUGUGAAAAACAAAGCAAACGGGAAAUGAAAAUACUGAAGGAAAUGCAAGAACUUCAGGCCAGAAAGGAAGCCGAGAACAGCGGUUGGGUCACCAGAAUGGUUGCUUCAUUUCACCUCUCUGUUAUGCAUAUGAAAUACCCUCGACUCCCAAAGUGGAUGAAAGAGUUCAAAGAGCAAGAGGAACUAAAGAAGGAAUAAGAGGAAAAGCUUUAUGCAGACAGAAAGAGGGAGAAUAAGUUAAAGGAAAGACAUGAAAAAAACUGAAGGAACACCAAGAAUUUCAAGCUAGAAUGGAGGCUGAGGAAAGAAAUUCAAUAAUCCAACUGCUAAUUCAAAUGAUUCAUGUCAAUUUAUCUUUAGUUUUACAAAUCAUCCAUCAGUUGAU